AUGGAUGGGGAAGAAGUUAAGGAGGGAGAGAUGAUUAUCAUGGAUGGAGAAGAAGUCAAGGAAGGAGAAGAAGUCAUGGACGGAGAAGAUGUUAUGGAAGGAGAAGAAGUUAGGGAAAGAGAGGAAGUUGAAGAAGGAGAAGAAGUUAGGGAAAGAGAGGAAGUUGAAGAAGGAGAAGAAGUUAAGGAUGGAGAAGAAGCUUGGGAUGGAGAAGAAGUUUGGAGCGGAGAAGAAAUGAUUGAGAAAGAAGAACCUAAGGAAGGAGAAGAAGUUAUGGAUGGAGUGGAAGGAGAAGAAGUUAAGGAUGGGGAAAUAGUCUGGGAUGGGGAAGAAGUGAAGGAAGGAGAAGAAGUUAGGGAGGAAGAAGAAGAAGAAGUUUUGGAUGGAGAAGAAGUCAAGGAUAAAGAAGAAAUUAUGGAUGGGGAAGAAGUUAAGUUGGGAGAGAAGAUUAUCAUGGAAGGAGAAGAAGUCAAGGAAGGAGAAGAAGUCGCGGACGGAGAAGAUGUUAUGGAAGGAGAAGAUGGUUUGGAUGGAGAAGAAGUUAGGGAAGGAGAAGAAGUUAGGGAACGAGAGGAAGUUAAAGAAGGAGAAGAAGUUAAGGAUGGAGAAGAAGUUUGGGAUGGAGAAGAAGUUUGGAAUGUAGAAGAAAUCAAGGAGGAAGAAGAAGCUAAGGAAGGAGAAGAAGUUAUGGAUGGAGUGGAAGGAGAAGAAGUUAAGGAUGGGGAAAUAGUUUGGGAUGGGGAAGAAGUGAAGGAAGGAGAAGAAGUUAGGGAGGAAGAAGAAGAAGAAGUUUUGGAUGGAGAAGAAGUCAAGGAUAAAGAACCAAUUAUGGAUGGGGAAGAAGUUAAGUUGGGAGAGAUGAUUAUCAUGGAUGGAGAAGAAGUCAAGGAAGGAGAAGAAGUCACGGACGGAGAAGAUGUUAUGGAAGGAGAAGAUGGUUUGGAUGGAGAAGAAGUUAGGGAAGGAGAAGAAGUUAGGGAAAGAGAGGAAGUUAAAGAAGGAGAAGAAGUUAAGGAUGGAGAAGAAGUUUGGGAUGGAGAAGAAGUUUGGAACGGAGAAGAAAUCAAGGAGGAAGAAGAAACUAAGGAAGGAGAAGAAGUUAUGGGUGGAGUGGAAGGAGAAGAAGUUAAGGAUGGGGAAAUAGUUUGGGAUGGGGAAAAAGUGAAGGAAGGAGAAGAUGUUAGGGAGGAAGAAGAAGAAGAAGUUUUGGAUGGAGAAGAAGUCAAGGAUGAAGAAGAAAUUAUGGAUGAGGAAGAAGUUAAGGAGGGAGAGAUGAUUAUCAUGGAUGGAGAAGAAGUCAAGGAAGGAGAAGAAGUCAUGGACGGAGAAGAUGUUAUGGAAGGAGAAGAUGGUUUGGAUGGAGAAGAAGUUAGGGAAGGAGAAGAAGUUAGGGAAAGAGAGGAAGUUGAAGAAGGAGAAGAAGUUAAGGAUGGAGAAGAAGUUUGGGAUGGAGAAGAAGUUUGGAGCGGAGAAGAAAUGAAGGAGGAAGAAGAACCUAAGGAAGGAGAUGAAGUUAUGGAUGGAGUGGAAGGAGAAGAAGUUAAGGAUGGAGAAAUAGUUUGGGAUGGGGAAGAAGUGAAGGAAGGAGAAGAAGUUAGGGAGGAAGAAGAAGAAGAAGUUUUGGAUGGAGAAGAAGUCAAGGAUAAAGAAGAAAUUAUGGAUGGGGAAGAAGUUAAGUUGGGAGAGAUGAUUAUCAUGGAUGGAGAAGAAGUCAAGGAAGGAGAAGAAGUCGCGGAUGGAGAAGAUGUUAUGGAAGGAGAAGAUUGUUUGGAUGGAGAAGAAGUUAGGGAAGGAGAAGAAGUUAGGGAACGAGAGGAAGUUAAAGAAGGAGAAGAAGUUAAGGAUGGAGAAGAAGUUUGGGAUGGAGAAGAAGUUUGGAAUGGAGAAGAAAUCAAGGAGGAAGAAGAAGCUAAGCAAGGAGAAGAAGUUAUGGAUGGAGUGGAAGGAGAAGAAGUUAAGGAUGGGGAAAUAGUUUGGGAUGGGGAAGAAGUGAAGGAAGGAGAAGAAGUUAGGGAGGAAGAAGAAGAAGAAGUUUUGGAUGGAGAAGAAGUUGUUAGAAUCGCGCAGCGGAAUGAUCGCGUGGUCGGACAAAAACCAAGAGGGGGGUGA